AUGUUUAAUUCUAAUGAAAACGUGCUCGAAGAAAGACUGCCAUAAAAUUAUAUUGAUGUUAAACUAACUCUUUGGAAAAAAUCAUCAAUUAUUCAAGACUUUAAAUAAAAUUCCUUUUUUAGCACAAUUCACAUUUAUAAUGAUAGAUUAUUGAUUUGUUAUUCAUAAAAAACAGAAUUACAUGGAGUGUAUAUCAAUAGAGAGAAAUUUAACAUAGAAGAGCAUUUUGUAUUUUCUGGUGAAUAAUUUGACUAUUAAUUUGUACAUCCUUAAACUUACUUUACUAAAAAUUGCAUUUGGUUUAUUUCAUACAAUAGAGCAACUCAAUAACAAAUCUUUUAUGCUGAUUUACCUACUAAAACAAUAUUAUCUAUCAAAAGUGAGUAUAAGCCAUAAUUUAGAAUUAAUUUCUCAUUUACAUAAAUAGCUGAUUUAUCAUUUUACAUUUUUGGUGGUUUAGAUGAACAAAUGAGACUUUCAAAUUAAUUGGAUUUUUUUUAAGUUACUUAAUGUGAUUUUACACCUGUAAAUUUUAAAGGAUAACCUCCUUCUCCAAGACAUAGUCAUCUAGCAUUUGUUAAUAUCAAUAAAUUAAUAAUAGCAGGAGGUUCACAAUCAACAAAUUUAUUUGAGAGAACCUCUUUAUAAGAUAUGUAUUCAUUAGAUUUAAAAACUUUUACAUGGAGUCAAGUUAAAACUAAUAUUCCAAGAUCUAUUGCUUUUGGUCAAUAUGUCUCUCUUAAUUAAAAUUAGUUAAUUUAUUUUGCUGAAGAAAAUGGAUAAACCACCCAUUAUCUAUUAUCAUUUACAGAUAAUCAAUGGACCUGUAUGAGGUCUUAAAAGGAAGUGUAAUUAAAAUUAUUUUAUUUCAUAGACCUUCCUAUAAAUAUAGAGCUUGUGCUUGUUUAGAUAUUAAAAACAAUCAAAUUUUACUAUUUGGAGGCUACAACUUUUAGAAAAAUAUUGUUAAUUGUAAUGUUGUUGAAAGAUUAUAGAUUAUUACUAAAGUAAUUUAUAUCUAUAUAAUUUUAGGAUUUUAAAGAAUAAACAUUAUUAGAUUAUAAUGGAGACUUGAUCAAUAUCAGUAAAUUCGAAAAACAAUUAUAAUAACAAUAAUAAAAUCUCCAAUUCCAAGAAGACAAUAAGGAUAAUGAUUAGCCAGAAGAAUUGACUUUUGAAGAAUUAUUGGAAUAAGAAAAAUAACUCCAAUAACUUCAAUAAGAUGAAAUUAAAUAGGAAACAAAAAAAUCUAAUAAGAAAAAUAAUAAAAAGAAAAAUAAAUAUAAAUCUAAAAAUUGA